UGGUGAUGACUUUGAUAAGUGUAUGAAGAAUAUUAAAAAUAGUGGUCUUUCCCUAUCCAAUCAGUUUACCCCUCAAAGGGAAGCAUCUGAUGAAUCGCAUCGACUUAUCAUCCAGAAGUUGAAAUCUGAACUUUCAAGGGUGCGAAAAGAACACGGUAAACUUUCUGUGAGACUUUCUUCCACACAAGAAAAGGCGAGAAAGAGGUGUUCGUAUCUUGAAAGAUUGAGAGAAGUUGACGUAGGAAACACCAAGAAAAGCGCCGCAAAAGAUCUUUUCGUUAAAUCCAAGACUCCUGUUGAUCAAGUUUCCCGCGCCUACUCAAUUCCUUUAUUAGAUUUGGAUCCUCCGGUGGUUUCUGAUGAUGAAGUACCUCCUGAAUCUGAGAGUGAUGAUUUUGAUGAAAGCGAUUUCGAUAAGGAGCUUCCACUUUGUGAAGAUCAUCCUAAAGAGAAUGAAACUGGUGAAGAGCCUUCUCAAGAUGCGACUCGUGAUGCUAAUUUUAUCGCGCAAGAUCAAGACGUGCCUCAGGAUGACCUUUCCGACUUGAACUUUUCUUUUCUGCUUCUGUGA